UCGGCUCGAGCGCCUGCAGUUAAGUCACGCAGACACAGUAGAGAGAAGACGUUACCGAUAAAGAGACGUUAAUGGUGAUAAAGGUGAACAACUGGUGAACUACUGGUGAACUAUUUGUACGUUUCUUGGACUAUAUCGGGACACCGCUGCGGAGCAACUAUACCUGAAGAGACACCGGUGUAGUUAUUAACCACAAAGCUAACGUCCAACGGCUUUUAAUUUAAACUUUUAACGUUAACGUAACUGUUACCUGAAAGGACCACCAUGCUCCACCUUUGCCUCGUGUUGAUUUUAUCUGCCUCCGUUUUCUCAGAGUCGCAGGUGAGGGAGACGGAGACGUGGAUGCCCAUGAAGACCACACAGACCGCUGCCUUGUCGACGCACCCGGGUGACCUGGAGUCUUCAGGAGACUCCCAGAACGGCUCGGACUUCGGCUUCACGGACAACGAAGGAGACGAGGAUGACGAGGAUGACGAUUACUACACAGACACGCUGUACGACGACGAGGACGAGUACGACAACUUCUCCGGAUCUGGUGACACAGCAGCGACCGAGUCACCUGAACGAGAGCUCAGGCCGUCAGCGAAGCCUGACGCCAACGUCAACAAGAUCCCGGAGGCGGAGCGUCCCACGCGGCCGACCGUCAACGAGGUGGACAUCGUUAAGAACAGUAACGAGAUCCCUCCGCUGAGGAACGAGCCGAAAGCCAGCGAGGACUACCCAUCCAACGUCCUCAUGUCCCUCGCCGGCGAAGACAGCAUCUUUAACAAGACGGAGGUCCUCGCAGCUCUCAUCGCGGGCGGCGCCGUCGGCCUGAUGUUCGCCGUCCUCCUCAUCCUCCUCCUCAUCUACCGCAUGAAGAAGAAGGACGAGGGCAGCUACGAUUUGGGGAAGAAGCCCAUCUACAAGAAGGCGCCCACCACAGAGAUCUACGCAUAGACCCUCCCCCCUCCCUCCUCCCCCAAAACACACACACACACACACCUCACUCCCUUUAAAGCCCUCGAAAAAACCCAAUCAGGGCCAACGCCUGGCCUCACAGUGCCUCAUCAUCAUCAUCAUCAUCAUCAUCAUCAUCACCAUCAUCAUACCUCCUCUUCCUCACUUUUUCCUCUGACCGCACAGCCGGUCGGAGGACGGACGCUCAUGUAAACACAUCAGGAGAGAAGCCCCAACAACACAAUCGAUUGACUGACUCCUCCUACCUGAUUAAUAUUAUUGGUGCUCUCUCAACCAAUCAGAGGCUUUGUCGGUCUCUCUCUGGUUUUUGGAGAAAAGGAGCAACAGGAGUGGACUAUUUCAGCUGCGGUACACGGUGAUUUUUCAUUUCGUCUUGUGUUUUUUUUUUUUUUUUUUUUUUGUCCCCCACAUCGAGAGAAAAAAAACAACACAACUUUCUCAUCUCAUCUUUUUUUUUUGUCUUUGUUCACUUUCCAGUUAAAAACACUAACACUGUGCAAUGAUUGUCUCAGUAUGAUGGUACACAUUAACAUCCAGUCCAGUUAUUUAUUAUCUCCUCCCUUUAUUUUUCUUCUCCUUUGUUUUUUUGUUUUGUCUUCCUGGGACUGCAGCAGCUUCUCACAUUACUGUAGCAAAUGACUUUUAAAUGAACAUUUUUAUUUAAAAAAAAAAAAAAAAAUCUUGUGAUGCAGAGAGAUUUUCAGAAAUGUCCGUUUUUUAUUAUUAUUAUUCUUAAAGUUCCCUUCAUGAUGGGAGACGAUUAACUUCACAUUGAUUGAAUCUUGAAAAACGAUACCUCUCAAUAACACUGCGUCUUCUGCUUUUUAUGUCAUCCGUUACAACUCACCUUUAAUAUUUACAAUGAUUUUUCAGGCCGAUAUUGAUAUUUUAGACUUUUAAAAAAUCAGAAUAAUUAUAUAUUGGCUGAUUAUAAAUUCUCUCUUUUGUGUUUUUGUUUAAAGAAUUAAGAAAUGUGCUGGUAGUGGCGCCUUAAUUACAAUAUUUGUGAAUGCUUCUUCUUUGCUGGUUCUCCUGAGAAGACAAAAGAGGUCGAAGUAUUUACAAAUCAUUGUUUCUGCCUGCACACGCCGAGCAGAGCAGAGUUCACCUCCCCACCAGACCAUUCAGUUCAUGUUCUGUACAUUUUCAGAGUUCAUUAAAACGAUCUUGAAAGACUUUA